UAUCGAUGUGGGGUUUGGCUUGUAUCACAAAAUCAAUUUUGAAUAAUUAUAGCUCACAGUCUAUAAGUUAUGUUCUGGAUUCUCAAUACUUGGACUGGAAUACUACUUUUCCUGCAAUUUUUGUUUGUCCUAUUGCUGGAUCUAGUAGUACGAGGACAAGCGGAGACAAGGGUAAAAUUGAAGAAAAUGUUGGAAAAUUUGUUUAUGAAUCUACAAAGCGGGUGAACUGUGAUUACAAUACGACAAUGGAAAAACUAUGCGAAGAUCUAGAUCACGAUGCACUCAUGAGUGCAUAUUAUGAACUGAAUGUUAGCAACGUUAUUGAAGAUGUUUCAUUUUUGGAUUCUCGGCUAUCAGUACAAGAUACGUUUAAGUUCAAAAGAACACAAAUUGGCCCAUGUUUUGUCGCUAAUCAGUAUGAUGUAAGCAUGGGUACAACUUUCGAUAAAUUGUUAAAGUUUAAUAGAACAAUCGGCCCAGGAUCAUUCAAAUUUUUGUUGAAGAAAAAGGCUACGAUUUUUAUUUUACCUCCAGAAGCGAUUCCCUUGUUGAAUACCGAAUCUGCAUUGAAACUUAGUAUACUGAACAAAAAUCACGAAGCUGUGUUUACAACAAGAGAAAUAUGGAACGAUCGUGCCUUGUUUAGAAGAAGUCCAGAAAAACGUCUUUGUCGUUUCCCAAAUGAAGUGGAAACUCCUCUAAAACCAUUUGGAGCAUACAGUUUAAAUUCAUGUCAACAAGAAUGCAUGAAUAGACUAGAAAUGACUGUUGCUAAUUGCACUACACAUCUUAUGCCAGAAAUAUUUCGUAAGAACUAUUGUGGAUACAAAGGACUACAAGUAAUAUCAGAAUUACCUAGUUUCAAUUUUGAAGAUCAAGGAAUAACAUGUCGUUGUUUAAGAUCUUGCUACGAUUUUGAUUAUGAAGUUCUAAUCGAUGCCGAUAUUCCGUAA